AUGAUAUGGUAUGUGAAUAAUCAUCCUCCGGAUGUCCGUUUUGCAACAAAUCAUUACUAUGUUGUAAACCGCGGGUGUUUGUUACAAACUUGUAUAAUCAUUGGAGACAUUAAUGGGAUUGUUGGACGUACUUUAUGCCAUUCACACUGUCGGCGCCUAUGUGAAAGUGGGAUUGUGUGGCUAUCUGGUGAGAAGACAGACUUUGUCAAGUGCAUUCGCUUGCUUGAUUCACUUCAUUGCGUUCAUGUCCAGUUUGCUCAUGUAUUCGACGAAGUGAACAUGUCCGAAAAUGUUUCACCACGUUUCACUUUGCCAGGUUGA